AUGGAAAGUGUUAUGGAGGCCAGUAAACCAGCAGAAGAACCGUUUGAAUCACGGUCCGCGGCAAAUGAUACGUCACCAGCUGAAGGUUUUCACGAAAACGAAUUGUCAGAGAAACAUGGAGAUCAAAGCUGUGGAGAUAUGAUUUUCGAGGGCGAUGUACCUGAAGAACGAGGAGAUCACGUGGUCGGAUCAAAUUUCGAGUGUGGUGCAGUCGAUGUCAUAUGGCUGGCUAAUAAUGAGUUAGAUAGUGCUUCGAUAGACAAAGAAAGUGAUAUCUUCUAUCCAUCAGUUGAGGUGGGCGCGAAUGAAACAGCAACUGUCAUCGAUUUAAAAGGAUACCAAGCCAAUAGCCAGAAUUCUGCAAACCCUUCAGACUCCGUAACUCUGAAGUUCUCCCGGCUUGAGUCUCCGUCUUCAUCAACAGAUGCCGACGAUCAAUGCUAG